AUGACCAUCUAUACAGACGGGUCUAGAUUGGACGAAAGAGUGGGAUGCGCCUAUGUCGCCACGAAACAAGACAACGCAAUCGAGAAAUGGAAGGGACAGUUAAGACAACAUAACAGUGUCUUUCAAAGCGAAGCAGUGGCAAUUGCACAAGCGAUUCGCUACCUGCACUCGCACCAGCAUAGCCAUGUCACCAUUAAAACGGACAGCUUAUCAUCGUUAUAUGCCAUUUGGAAUGCAGAUCAUCCCUCGGAGAUUAUACAGGGAAUCCAGAGAGAUCUUAGAAGUAACCCCCAGUACCGCACAAAAUUAGAGUGGAUAAAGGCUCAUGUUGGCCACUAUGGCAAUGAACUUGCCGACCAACUCGCCAAAGAGGCAACAACUGACCCGCCUGAUGCACCAAUUAUCAUCCCAUGGCCGCAUUCGUAUUUAAAGAAGACACUACGCCUAAGGGCUACUGGCAUGUGGCAGAACGAAUGGGACCAAAGCACCACAGGGAGAAGGACCCACUACUUCAUCGGCUAUGUGGACACUAGCCGAAAUGUAGCGAACGCACAGUUG